GCUGGGGGGAAGGGCCUGUCGACUGAGCGCAGACAAACUUGCGUAGUCUCGCCAGGUCCUCGCAGUGAGCCGGAGCUUCUCUAUGGACUGUUGGAGGGGGAAAGAACUGAGUGGGAAGGCUGUCGUCGGAACCGCGGCUCCUCUGCGAGGCCUCGUGAUGUUUUAAUCCCCAAAAAACGGGGACACGGAGCGGGAGCCACACCGCGGGUGCGCCACAGCCGAGGGGAGAUGUGCGCUGGAGUCGAGAUUGCUGCGGUGUCCCUGUCUAGGCCUGGACUGAGCAGAUUGUUCUGAGAGGAAACGGAUAACAAACAGGGGAAGUGAACAUGGCUGGGAUCUCGCCCUUCUUUUCUAACGGACCCGUCCCGUGGAUGGGCAACGACACUGAGAUGCACACCUUGUACAGAGACCUAGAGGUGGGCACGGUUCUGACUCUGUUUUACUCUAAGAAGUCCCAGAGGCCAGAGAGGAGGACUUUUCAAGUCAAGUUAGAGACCAGGACAAUUAUCUGGACCAGAGGCACGGACAAAAUAGAGGGAGAAAUUGACAUUCGAGAAAUCAAGGAGAUCCGUCCGGGGUCGAAGUCACGGGACUUCGAGCGCUAUGUGGAGGACUCGGCGACACGGCUGGAUCAGGCUCACUGCUUUGUUAUCCUGUACGGCACCGAGUUCCGCCUCAAGUCCCUCAGCCUGGCAGCAACGUCCGACGAGGAGAUGACCAUGUGGGUCAAGGGCUUGAACUGGCUAGUGGCUGACACGCUGAAAUCGCCAACGCCACUGCAGAUAGAAAGGUGGUUGCGCAAGCAGUUUUAUUCUGUGGACCGGAGCAGAGAAGACAGGAUAUCCUGUAAGGAUCUGAAGAACAUGCUGAGCCAGGUCAACUACAGGGUUCCCAACAUGAAGUUCCUCAGAGAGAAACUUCCAGACUCAGAGUCCAGGAAUGGAGACGUGUCUUUCAGCCAGUUUGCCCACCUGUAUCGCAACCUCAUGUUUGACGCUCAGAGAAGUUUGGAAAUCCCGAUCUUACAGAGGUUGAUCGACAGACCAGAGCAACGGAUUUGCCUAGAAGACUUCAAGAAAUUUCUCCUGGAAACUCAAAUGGAAAUGUGGGCAGUAGACAGCAGCAAGGUCCAGGAGUUUAUGUUUAGCUACCUGAAAGACCCACUGAGAGAAGUGGAGCAGCCUUAUUUCCACCAAGAUGAGCUGCUGACAUACUUGUUCUCCAAAGAAAACACCAUUUGGGAUUCAUCUCUGGACCAUGUGUGUCCUGAAAACAUGAACAAUCCUCUGUCCCACUACUGGAUCUCCUCUUCACACAACACCUACCUGACAGGAGACCAGUUCUCCAGUGAAUCUUCUCUCGAGGCCUACGCUCGCUGUCUGCGGAUGGGAUGCCGCUGUAUUGAGUUGGACUGCUGGGACGGCCCUGACGGAAUGCCGGUGAUCUACCACGGCCACACGCUCACCACCAAGAUCAAGUUCUGUGAUGUCCUCAACACCAUCAAAGAGCACGCUUUUGUGACAUCUGACUACCCCAUCAUCCUCUCCAUAGAGGACCACUGUAGUAUCGUCCAGCAGAGGAACAUGGCCACCCACUUUAAGAAAGUGUUUGGAGACAUGUUGCUGACCAAGGCAGUCGAUAUUGCUGCCGAUAGUCUCCCCUCUCCCAACCAGCUCAAAAAGAAGAUCCUCAUCAAGCACAAGAAGCUUGCAGAGGGCAGUGCCUAUGAGGAGGUGUCCACUUCGACCCCUUACUCAGAAAAUGACAUCAGCAACUCCAUCAAGAAUGGAAUCCUCUACCUGGAGGACCCUAUUAACCAUGAGUGGUAUCCUCAUUUCUUUGUCCUGACCAGCACUAAGAUCUACUACUCAGAGGAGACCUCCAGUAACCAGGGCAACGAUGAUGAAGAGGAACACAGAGAGGUGUCCAAUGGCAUGGACCAACACGUGACUGAGAAGUGGUUUCACGGGAAGCUUGGUGCUGGACGGGACGGGCGGCAGAUCGCUGAACGGCUCUUGUCUGAGUACUGCCUUGAAACAGGGGCCCCAGAUGGGUCCUUCUUGGUGCGGGAGAGUGAGACCUUUGUGGGGGACUACACGCUGUCUUUCUGGCGUUCAGGACGAGUCCAGCACUGCCGCAUCCAUUCCAGACAAGAGGCCGGCAGCCCCAAAUUCUUCUUGACUGACAACCUGGUGUUCGACACACUCUUCGCCCUCAUCAACCACUACCAGCAGGUGGCGCUUCGCUGUAACGAAUUUGAGAUGAAACUGACUGAGCCCGUACCGCAGACCAAUGCGCACGAAAGCAAAGAGUGGUACCAUGCCACCCUCUCACGGAUCCAAGCAGAGAACAUGCUGAUGAGGGUUCCUCGUGAUGGAGCUUUCCUUGUCAGGAAGAGGGCGGAGUCCAACUCCUUUGCCAUUUCCUUCAGGGCGGAGGGGAAGAUCAAGCACUGCCGUGUGCAGCAGGAGGGUCAGACUGUGGUGCUGGGCACCUCGGAGUUCGACAGUCUCGUGGAUCUCAUCAGUUACUACGAGAAGCACCCGCUGUACCGGAAGAUGAAGCUUCGCUAUCCCAUCAACGAGGACACACUGGAGAAGAUCGGCACUGCUGAGCCUGACUACGGGUCCCUGUACGAGGGCCGAAACCCUGGCUUCUACGUGGAGGCCAAUCAAAUGCCGACAAUUAAGUGUACCGUGAGAGCCAUGUACGAGUACAAGGCCCAGAGGGACGAUGAGCUGUCGUUCGUCAAAAACGCCAUCAUCUCAAAUGUGGACAAACAGGAAGGAGGGUGGUGGAAGGGAGACUGUGGAGGAAAGAAACAGCAGUGGUUUCCCGCCAACUACGUGGAGGAGAUCAGUCCGUCUGCCGCAGAGCCGGACCGACCUGAAAUGACGGAGAACAGUCCACUGGGAGAUCUGCUCAGGGGAAUCGUGGAUGUUUCUUCCUGUCAUAUAGUUGUGCGCCCUGAUGGGAAGGGCAGCAGGCCUCACGUCUUCUCCAUGGUGCCAACUGCGGCCAUGAGGAACGGCCCGGUUCUGGAGGUGGCUGCCAGCACACAGGAAGAGCUCAAUGAAUGGGUGAUGAAGAUUCGGGAGGUCACCGUGACUUCAGAAGCAAAGCUGGAGGAGGGAAAGAUGAUGGAGAGAAGGAAGAAGAUUGCACUGGAAUUAUCAGACUUGGUCAUCUACUGUCGGCCUGUGCCUUUUGAUGAAGACAAGAUCGGAACAGAACGAGCCUGUUUCCGUGACAUGUCGUCCUUCCCCGAGACCAAAGCAGAGAAGUAUGUGAAUAAAAUCAAGGGGAAGCGGUUCCUUCAGUACAAUCGGUUGCAGCUGUCCAGGAUCUACCCGAGGGGUCAGAGACUGGACUCUUCCAACUACGACCCUCUGCCCAUGUGGCUCUGCGGCUCACAGCUGGUGGCUCUUAACUUCCAGACAGCAGACAAACCCAUGCAGAUGAACCAGGCCUUGUUCAUGCUCAACGGGAAAAGUGGGUACGUCCUCCAGCCCCCCAUCAUGAGAGACGAUUACUUUGACCCCUUUGACCGUCACACGUUGCGCGGCCUGGAGCAAGUCACGCUGAACAUAGAGGUAUUAGGAGCCAGACACCUUCCCAAACAUGGGCGCGGCAUUGUCUGUCCUCUGAUAGAGAUCGAGGUGUGUGGUGCGGAAUAUGACAGCGUCAAGCAAAAAACGGACUCGGAAGCUGACAACGGCCUGAACCCCACCUGGCCGCGGAAGUCUUUCCAGUUCACCGUGUACAACUCUGCCUUCGCCUUCCUGCGCUUCGUGGUCUAUGAGAUCGACAUGUUCAGUGACCAAAACUUCCUGGCUCAGGCUACAUUCCCCAUCCACAGCCUGAAGACCGGUUUUCGCUCUGUCCCGCUGAAGAACAGCUACAAUGAGAGCCUUGAGUUGGCAUCGCUGCUGGUGCACAUGGACAUCAUCCGAGGACGGGCUGAAAACGGAGAAGUUCUGAGUCCCGUUGCGGCUGCAUCGCUGUCCGCCUCAGCUCAGGUCGGACGGGAGCGUUUGGGGGAUUUGAAUUUAGUGGCGUCCAUGUCGUCCAGCAUGUCUCCACUGCCCCAGUCGCCCGCUCAGGCCCUGGCCUACAGAGGCAGCGACAGCUCCUUCGACUCCCGCUACCAGUCGCCCCUCGAUGACUUCAGAGUGCCACAGGAGGCGCUGUUAGACCAACUGGAGCAGCAGAGCAGAAGGAUCAUGCGGAGGACCCGUGUGGGCGGAGAGAACCGAGUCUAAGCCAAAUCAACUCACCAUGGCCCGCGCCCCCACCACUCAGUCGCCUCUCCCCGUACUGAUGAUGUCACUGACUGCUGUGAAAACUGUUUCCAUGGAAACGCCCACCACCGCUUAGGCCUACAUUUCAGGCACCCCCCCCUUCUCCCUUCAACCGCCCUGUUUCUGUCUCCCCGCUUGUUCCCACCGCCGCCUGAAGGAGAGCAAGGAAAUAUUGGAGGACGCCGACUGGAUGCCCACCGGAAGUGGAAACUGACAUUCCCAAGAGAAGGAAAACCGAGCUGGUUCUCCUCGCUCUGAACGAUAUUUAUUCCUGCUGUUGUUAGAGGAGCAGCAGCCAACCCGCUCUCAAAGAGCUCCACCUUUUUAAUUAUUAUUAUUAUUUAAAUCUUUUGCCAUUUUUAUGUGUUUAACACGCAGCUGUUCUUAGGGUCUCUUGUCAGGUGAAGCCCUGGCUUCCACUCACUUACAUUUGAACUGCAUUCCUGCACAUCAUUCCAUCUGUGUUCUCAAAAGCCAACCCUCUUUUUCACCGUCGUCGUGACGUCCACACGGUGAAGAAGCAGUUUGUCAUCGUCUAAUUCUGUUGCUCAGAUUCCACAAAAGCGUCGUCAUUGACACAGAGCGUUUUGUAUAUUAGUCAACAACUUUUCAGGCUUUUUCGCCGUUAAAUUUGCCAUAAAUAUUUCGACGUUUGUUUCUGUCACAUUAUUAGUUGGGGAUUAUGUUUUGCCAUAUUUACGUAAUGAACAAUGAUAUAAGUGUAUUUUUUAAUCGGUCAUUUUAAGUUGCACUGCAUUUACCCAAAGUAGGAGAGUUGCUGAUGUUGUGAUUCUUCCCUGAACAAACCGGUCUGAAAAUAAGAAGCAGAGGUCGGCACCUGGGAUGACGUUAAAUUAUUGCGUUCUCGUAUUUUGUGCGCCGUUUCCACUCAGUAUUCCCCCUCAGUGUGUCGCACUGAGACUAAGCCAUACGCCGUGAAGAGGGGACGCGUCAGACUCUCCAUUUGAUGCCUGAUUUUUAAUCCUUUUUUUUUUUCUCUCGUGGUUACGACAUCACUGCUCGCUCACGUCUUCGUGCCUCCGUCUGUAAACACAUCAUGGUUCUCUGCACAGCGACUGCACACUCACGCUUUUGUUCUGGUCCGGCCUCCGUGAUCACCUUUGGCUCAGGACUGUUGUUUCGGGAAGAAAAAAAUCCCAACAACCCGUCAAAAGGUCCAAUCACUGGGAUAUCAAAGCAGAGUGGGUGUGCAGGGCCUUCAUCUCUGACCGUGUCAUGUCCAAAGUCUUUCUGUAAUGUGCCUAAACUCUGAAGAUCUCAUUUUAAUUUUGCCUUUCAUAAGAAACAUAUUCAAGUCUGAAAAGUGAAUAAAAUACUUACUACGUAUCUUUUGGGUCUGU